AUGGCCACACCUAAGUCUGCAUCUUGGGUGGUGAGGAAGAUACUAGAAAGCAGAAGUUUGAUUAUGGAGCAUCAACAACUCCAAGGAAACAUUCAUAACAGACUACAGAUAAUGUGCACCGAUACAAAGUUCCAGAUUAAGCAGAUGUACUUGAAACUGAUACCAGUAUACGCCAGAGCUGAAUGGAAAAGUUUGAUGCUGCACACAAAUACACAUCCAAGAUAUAGAUUCAUCCUGUGUCUUGCAGAACAACAGAGACUAGCUACAAUGGAAAGACUGUUGAAGAUUGGUAUCCAAAUUCCUGCAGCCUGUGCAUUCUGUGGACAUAGCUUGGAAUACUUUAGCCACUUGUUCUUUGAGUGCACCAUCACAAAGAAACUAUGGUCUAGACUAUGUUCAUGGCUGGGAUAUAAUAGGAGCAUUGGAGAUUGGAAAACAGAGUUAGAAUGGGCAUGCAAGAAAGCCAAGAGCAGAAGAGAAAGAAAUGCUAUUACUAGCUGUGUGUUUGCCAUGACUGUUGCACUGAUUUGGAGGGAAAGGAACAUAAUCAGAUUUGAACAAGCUAAGUUUGAUGAUCUCCAAAUCUGCAGAGAGAUAGAACUACACAUACAUAUCAGAGGGAAGAACAUAGUCAAGUGGAAAGAAGCAUUGUAUCAGCUGAAUUGGAUUCCAUAG